AUGUCCGCGCAGUCCCAGCAGUUCAAGGAGGAAAUGGAGUCCGCUUGGGCAUACAUAGACGAGAACUUCGACCCAGAGCUCCUAUUUGGAAAGGUCGGCUACCAGUUCGUUCUGUCCCAUGCCAUCCGCUCUUCGACACACCCGCUGGUGACGGGGGUCACGCUCAUUGCAGCCAUGGCGCCGCUGACCAAUGGGGCCAACAUCAAGACGUUCCCAGGAUCGCCCACGCAGCUCAACGUUGUUGCUGUCCUAACCAACUUUCCUCAGACACGAAAGUCUCAGAUGACCAAGCUGGCGAAAGAGAUCGGCGACUGUCUGGACGCGAAGAUCCUCGCCAAGCUCGAGGCCAAGGUCGCCGAGGAGUUGGAGGCGCGCAACCGCCCAGUGGACAUCGGUGGUCCGGGCGCGCCGCCGAAGGCCCCCCCUCGCGUGGCCAGCGCAGUGUUGGCCUCGUUCACCCCUGCCAAGUUCUUCGAGAAGAUGAGCGGUGAUGCGCAGCAGCUUGAUAAUGCUGAAGAUGUCGGCCUUCCCUCGCUGCUCGGGAGCGUCCACCUUGGCCGGCUCGCGAAUGCCGAUGAGGUAUAUGCGCCCUUCGCCGCCUUCGGCUUGAUCCGCGACGACUCCCAUCGCUCGUCCACCAAUGCCCAGACGGUGAACGAGCACGCUGGGACCCUCAAUCGCCUGCUGCAGUGGGGGGAGUGCCCGCGCGCAACAAAGAGCUCAGGAUCCUACGGGGGAGGUCUCACGCCAGCGGUGUCCCUCGCCUGGCUGGGCAACAUCCACCCAGAGAUCGCCGUCCCGAUGGACAGGGGCGCUCUGGGCAGCCACGCGGGGGCUACCAAAGAGCGCAUGUUCUUCUACACGGGCCGCCCAGAGCCUCCUCACAGUGCCCUUCCAGAUGCGUAUGAGCUGCCCGAGAACCACGCGUGGGCAGAGCUGGACGUGGACAUGGCCGUGCUGUCCGGCAUGAAAGAGCUCAUCGGGGACCCCGAGGCUGCGGAGCAGGCGCAGUUGCCCAGGGCGCGCGCCCAUGCGGACGAAGCGCCAGAAGAAGGCGGGGACCGCUCCGUUCGGUACCGCCCUGACGCGGAGGGGUUCCUCUUCACGAUGCCGGACGGCGUGCCCAGUCGCCUGCGGUAUUGCUGGGCCAACGACGAGUGGGUGGCCGAGUAUCGCAUCGGCAACAAGAACAUCCCGCUGCCUCCAUCGCACGAGAUCGCGGCAGCGGCGGAGCGAGUUUCCACUCUCUUCUCGAAGGCGGGGGAGACUGUGACGUUGUCCGAGGUUGCCGCGAAACUCAUGCGCAGCGUCAGUACCUUCGCCUCGGUCAAAGCGUCUUUGGCCGUGGAGGAAGGGGGCACUGUGACCAGCGCGCGCUGGGGGAUUGCCCCUUGGAAAGCGAGCGUAUUGACUGGCUUGCUGUUCGCUUUCGACUCAUUUGUCGGACAGGCGCCCGCUGCCAGGCCAGACCCCGCAGGUGCGCUGGUCGCCACGCGGGAGCAGGUGGAGCGCGCCAAGCGCUUGCUGGCCUUGCUCGAGGGCGCGCGGGAGCAGUGGCUUGACGCCACCGAUGAGGAGCGCGCGAAGUCGGUUCUGCGCAUGAGCCAGCAGGGCGCCGACUUCUUGGCUGGCCUGCCCGCCGGGUUCGACCUGGAGCAGGGGCAGCCGUCGGGGCUCGCCGGCGCAGAGCCAUCUGGGGCGCCAGCCGCAACGGCGCGGCCGCCAACGAAGCGAGCCCGCGCGCAGAGCGCCGAGCCGCCGGCCUCGGCGCAGAGUUCGCGACCAGCCGCCAGUGCCGCCAGCCCGGCGGAUGCCGUCGCCGGGGGCGCCGAUCGCGGCGCCCGCGAGGCCGCCCUGCUUGCGCCGCUGGAGGCCCAGGCGAUCGCGCCAGGCGCGCAGGCCCAGGGGACGCCGCCAUCCGCCCAGCCUGCGCCGCCAGGAGCCCUGCCGAGCGCGCCAGCUGGCCCGCGGCCCGCGGAGGCGCCGCCUGCUGCCACCGAGCCCAAGCAGAUCACAGACGGCGCGCCAAUGACCAGAGGCUACGGCCCCCGCGGCGGCACAGUGCAGGCGUUCGCCGAGGGCCAGGGCGAGGCGUGGAAGACGGACCGCGACAUCGUCCGCUACACGCUGCAGCGGGGCAAGGGGGUGGUCAAGUGCUCCGAGAUUUGCGGGAACUUGCGCCGCGAAGCGAUGGUGAACGGCAGGAAGAAGCGCUUGGGCUUGCCCCAGAAAGUCUGGGAGGACGUGAUGGCCGCUGCCUUGGCGCAGUGCCCUGUCGGCGACUUGCUCGAGGUGGGCACGCCGAGAUCCAGGGUUCAGUGGCGCGCGCCGCCGUCGGCGGCGGCCGGGCGCGAGGCCAUGGUCAAGUGGCACAAUCUCCUGGUGGACAUGUGCAGGCUUACAGGCCGCGAGGUGAGGGCCCUCUUGCAGCGGGCCCAGGCCCCCGCGGCAAGCGGGUAG